GGGUCGCCGGGGAGGUGGGGGCGCGGAGGAUGCAAAGGCGGCCGUGGGGAGGUGGACUGCAGUGCGCGCAAUGUGACUGACGCUGGGAAGGAAUUAUUCAUCGAUAUUUAAUCACUGAGAGUCGGAUCGUCUAGGACUGGCUUCAACAUCACCACCACCAUCAUCAUUGUCGUUAUCAUAGCCAUCACCACCACCACCACCACCAUCAUCAUCAGAAGACAUCUCCCCGAUCAUCUCAUCAACAUCAUGGAGAACCUCACUCUGUUGGGCGACCCGGGUCCCUAUGGGUCCGCCAACACCAGCAACGGUUCCCUGCCCGUGGACGCGGCCGUCAACGGCACCGCGGGCACGUCGCUGGCGAUGGCGACGGCGACGGGCGGUCCCUACCAGACCUUCGAGGUGAUCCUCAUCGCCAUGGUGACGGGCUCACUGAGCCUCGUCACCGUGGUGAGCAACAUCCUCGUCAUGGUCUCCAUCAAGGUGAACCGCCAGCUGCAGACGGUCAACAACUACUUCCUCUUCAGCCUGGCGUGCGCCGACUUCUUCAUCGGCGCCUUCUCCAUGAACCUCUACACCCUCUACAUCAUCGCGGGCCGCUGGCCCCUGGGCGCGCUCGUCUGCGACCUGUGGCUCGCCCUCGACUACGUGGCGAGCAACGCCUCCGUCAUGAACCUGCUCAUCAUCAGCUUCGACCGCUACUUCUGCGUCACCAAGCCGCUCGCCUACCCGACCCGCCGCACCACCCGCACGGCGGGCUGCAUGAUCGCCGGCGCCUGGGCGCUCUCCUUCGUGCUCUGGGCGCCCGCGAUCCUCUUCUGGCAGCACAUCGUGGGCGAGCGCACCGUGCCCGACGGCGAAUGCAGCAUCCAGUUCCUGUCCAACCCCGCCGCCACCUUCGGCACGGCCAUCGCCGCCUUCUACCUGCCCGUGGCCAUCAUGAUCGCGCUGUACGCGCGCGUGUCCCGGGCGAGCAGGAGCCGCGUGGGACGCCGCGGGAAGAGUCGCAGGACGAGGCGCGGGAAGGCGGACGCCAUCGGCAAGAUGCUGAGCGGCGAGAUGGGGAGGAAGGCGUCGGGACGCGGUGGCGGUGGUGCUCAGCCUGGCCGCUACGCGAUCCUCUCGCGGCUCAGGCUGACGCGGCGGUUGGUGACGGAGCGCUGCGGUGGUGGUGGUGGCUGUGGUGGUGGUGGCGGUGGUGGUGGUGUUGGCUGCGGUGGUGGUGGUGGUAGUGGCUGCGUGAAGUCGAAGGUGUCGGACGCGACGGCUGUGGUUGUGAUGAAGAACGCCGACAACAACGGGCUGCUCGUGCUGGAGGCCUCCUGCAAGCGACACGCCGAGGAGGAGGAGGAGAAGGAGUCGGCGGCGGUGGUGGUGGUGAUGGUGGUGGAUGAGGAGGAGGCGGCUGCUGCUGCUGCUGCCGCGGCUACCGGCGAGGGGAGGUGCGACGGGGAGAAGGAGACCUCGGAGUCGAGUUCGCAGACGCCGAGUUCCAAGAAGGGUCCCGAGCUGUGCGACGAGGAAGACGACGACGAGGAGGACGACGACGACGACUCGACGCCCGAGGAGGAGGAGGAGGACGAGGCGGCCACGGGGGACGCGUCCGCGCCGCGCGCCGUGACGCGCUGCGCGGGCGGCAGCAACGCCACGUGCCUGACGGUCAUCGAUACGACGCCGCCGGUGGCAAGCGGCGGCAGCAGCGACGCGGCCACCACCACGAGCACCGGCAGCGCCACCGCGGCCACCACCGCGGCCACCACCACCACCACGUCCUCGUCCUCCUUCUCCUCCGCCUCCGUAGCCGCUGCCACCAACGUCAACGUCACCGCGGCAGCGGCAGCCUCGGCGAGCAACGGCGAUGGAACGGACGGGGCGGUGAGCAGCGGCGCUUCCAAACGACAGCGGCGGCAACAGCAGCAGCAGCAGCAACAGCAGCAGCAACUGCAGCCGAGGCAACAACAGCAGCAUCAGCAGCAGCAGCAACGUCAGGCGGACGUCGGGAAGCAAGUCGGGCAGGCGCUCGGCGGAAAGAGCGGCGCCGGGAAGAAGAAGAAGCAGCGGCAGGCGGCCGCGCGCGAGCGGAAGGUGACCCGCACCAUCUUCGCCAUCCUGCUGGCGUUCAUCAUCACGUGGACACCCUACAACGUCAUGGUGCUCAUCACCACGUUCUGCGACCGCUGCGUGCCCGCCGCCGUGUGGAUCAUCGGCUACUGGCUCUGCUACAUCAACAGCACCAUCAACCCCGCGUGCUACGCGCUCUGCAACGCCGCCUUCAAGAAGACGUUCAAGCGCCUGCUCCUCUGCCAGUACAAGGACAUCGGCACAGCCAGAUGAGGAGUCCCGGAUGGGGAGGAACGCGUGGCCACUCGGGAGAGGCUGUAGUGCGGUGGUGAUGGUAGUAGUGGCGGGUGGUAGUGGUGGUGGCUGGUGGUGGCGACGGUGGAUUUGUAGGAUCCGUGGGUUGCCCGAUGGCCGUGUUUCACCUUCCCAUGACCGUGUUUGAUCGAACAUCCCAAUGUAGCAAGGACCCUCGUGUAGCAGAUAUCUUGGGGACUCUGCGUGGACUUGCUGGGUAAAGAGUAGCUUCGUGUAUCAUGAUAGCAGUCGUCGUAUUGUCAUCAUUCGUCUCAAUGUCGUCGACGUGGCCUGCCUUCGUACAGACGCGGCUUGCGCCACACAGUGCCGCCAUCUGUUGCGAUCAAAUCCGAAGAUCGAGCAAGCGAACAGAGACAACCACAUUCUGGCACGUCUCUGUCGGGCACAUUUAUCGGAGUAUGUGGAUACACGUCACGGAAACUACAGCGGGAUUCCGCAACACUUUUCUGCACCGCUCCCCUCCUCGAAGUGCAAGAUACAUACAUUCAUCGAGACCCACAGACUUACACGGACCCACAGACCUAGACAGAGACCCACAGACUCACACAGAGACCCACAGACUCACAUCGAGACCCACAGACUCAUAUAGAAACCAAUAGACUCAUACAGAGACCCACAAACUCACGCAUAGACCCACAGACUCACAUAGAAACCCAUGGACUCAUACAGAGACUCAGAGACUCACACAUAGACCCACAGACUCACAUAGAUUGGAAAAUGAUUUCUUCGGAACGGAUUGUUGUGUUUUUAGUUUGGUGUUUGGCCCCCGCACCUCCCAUGAGCAUGAUUGGCAAUGUAUGGUGCGCGACAUACAUUCCACAUACAAACGCACAUAUAUCGUGCGUUACACUUUUAAACUAUUUUUUUAUUUGACCAGGUAAGGCGAUCUAGUUGCUCUUUUUCAGAAGCGGCCAGGCCAUCACAAAUGAUAGUUCAACGAAGUGGCUUCUCAUCAUCAUCAUCAUCAUCACGCGGAAUUUAUCACUGCAGCCAAAAACGCGUGAUGUUGAUUCUAAAUGUGGG